GUAAACUUUGAAGCUUCAUACAUUUUACAGGGUGAUUAAGCUUUGAAGCUUCAAAAAGGGCCAUGACUUCUGCUUCUGCAACUGAUACCACAAGAAAUGUUUUUGAUGUUGGCAAGUAUGAAACACUGCUUCGAACAGUUGAAACUGGGACUUGCGCCACAAAGUCUAAACUUCCUUUCCCACCUCCAAAGCCGCUUCUGAUUGCCAUGCCAUCUGAUGCAGGUGAAUUCCCAAUUCUUGUCUUCCUCCAUGGUUACUUUCUCUACAACUCUUUUUAUUCUCAGCUUAUCCAACACAUCGCUUCUCAUGGAUUCAUUGUCAUCGCCCCUCAGUUAUACACCGUGGCUGGACCAGAUGCAACUGAUGACAUUAAGUCCACUGUGGCCACAACAAAUUGGUUAUCAGAAGGACUCCAUUACUUGCUUCCACCACAUGUGCAGCCAAAUAUAACAAAGCUAGGACUCGCCGGCCAUAGCCGUGGCGGCAAGGCUGCCUUUGCGGUUGCUCUUGGAAAAGCAGCAACUUCUCUAAAGUUCUCUGCUUUAAUAGGCAUUGACCCAGUUGAUGGAAUGGACAAAGGGAAACAAACCCCUCCUCCAGUACUCACCUAUGUUCCUCAUUCAUUUGAGCUUGAUAUGGCUGCAAUGGUGAUUGGUACGGAAUUGGGUGAAAUGAAAAAGAAUCCUCUGUUUCCUGCUCCUGCUCCAAAGGGAGUUAACCAUGAGGAUUUCUUUAAUGAAUGUCAAAAACCAGCUUGUCAUUUUCUUGUGAAGGAUUUUGGUCAUGUUGAUAUGUUAGAUGAUGAUACCAAGGGGAUUAGAGGGAAAGCUACAUACUGUUUGUGUAAGAAUGGGAAGUCUAGGGAACCCAUGAGGAGGUUUGUUGGAGGAAUUGUUGUUGCAUUCAUGAAAGCUUAUCUGCUUGGUGAUAACACUGACUUAUUGGCUAUAAGAGAUGGGCCUGAGACUGCACCAGUGGAGCUCAAAACUAUUGAAUUUCUAGUUUGAACUUUAAUUGAAGAAGGCUGCUACAAGAAGAAUAGCUAUAUAGUUGCUUGCAGAAAUUCAUACUUACAAUAAAACUACUAUUUACUUUUACAAAUUCUAUGAUGAAUUUACCACUCUUUGAAGUUGA